AUCCACUAUCCAGUAUUCACUUGUAAGAUAUUUUCUUCUGAAACGGUUACUGCAAAAUAUCACAAUGAGAAUGGACGUGAUGGCGCGUGAGAACGGUUUACUAUCAUCAUCUCUGAAUCCGAACGCUCCGAUGUUCGUACCGGCGGCGUAUCGCAACGUUGAGGACUUUUCCGAUCAGUGGUGGACACUUGUGCACUCUUCUCCUUCGUUUCGCGAUUACUGGCUCCGUGAAUGCUUCUCGGAAUCACUAUUUGAUGUUUCCGAUGACUUCGAUUCGUUCCUACCUGACGAAGAUCAGGUUUUCGACGGUAAAGUCCGUGAAAUCGAAGAAGAGAAGAAAGCUCGAAAGGAUCUGAUUCUGGCGAGAUUGACGAACUGGCGUAAGGCGCGUACGGCGGAGUCGCCGAGGCUCUUCGAGAAGGCUCCGAAGAUUGUGAAUGUGAAAGUGAGUCCGAGACCGAUUCAUCAACCGCGGUAGAUUGAGUCUAAGACUGAUUCUAUCAACCGCCGUUUAGCGAGUCAGGUUUUUAAUUAACGCGUUUGUUAGAUUUGAAUGUAAUUUAGUUUGAAGUUGCAUGUACAUUGAGGAAAUUAGUGUCUGGAAAGGACUAUUAUCUUCUCUGCUUUGGUUGUAA